AUGUCAAGUAAAGACGAUGACCGACGUCUUUUUGAGCAUUUUGUGAUCGCUGGUCUCUCACAGGAAGCUCCUGAGCAAGCCACCCCAUCAUCCCAAGAGUUUGGCUUCCGAAACAGCUCUCCUCUGGCUCCAAUUACUGAUAUUUGUGUCAUUUUUCCAAGCCUCGGUGAAACGGCUCCUGAGGGGUACGAAAUUAUUGAGACCACGCAGUUAGGAUACCCUGCAGAUCUAAAUCAUGGCUCAAUACGUAUGCCAAGCGUGUUUCUAUGUUAUCGCAGGGGAUAUCACAAACCUCCACUGCUUGACAUCGGAUUGAUUGAAUACGGUCGGGGUGAAAAGCCCAUGGUUGAUACUAACAUCGUGCAAACAACUCCUUUCGGACGACCGGCGAAUGUUAAUAACGCAUCUCAGAAUAUAUUUCUUACUUAUCGACGGGCUGUCCCAAGCAGUGCACCUAGCCAGUUUGUGGUCACCGACAUUUGUGUUAUACUCGCUAAUAAAGGAGAAAUUCCCCUUCACACUUAUUACAAAAUUCCAAAGAAUUUAAAUAAGGGUAUGGUUGGAUCAGAUGUAUAUAUUUGCUACAAAAAAUCACAGUGCUCUACAAAACGACUGGCUUAUAAGCCAUCGGUUCUUGACUAUUUUCCAAAGGCUAAAUCUGGAGACAGUAACGAUGAUGAUUUCAAAUUAGCUCAGAACAUAUCCCUUUUCUGUCUCCCAAUGGGCGCCCUUAUUGAAUGUUGGCCGGUUAAGUGUCAGCCACCGGACAGAGUUUUCUCAACAUUCGUUCUUACUGACGAAAACGGAACAAAGUUUUAUGGUGCUUCUGUUUCUUUUUUCGAGAAAUAUGAUGAAAAGCUGUCUGAGGAACAGUUGGAACAAUUAGAACUCAAUUCAACGGGCCGGGUAGACGAGGCAGGUGCCGUGGAAGAUAGCUCUAGUAACAAUGAUCCUGCUGAUGAGAUGACGUUUUACACAAACAUCGCCAUUUGCAUUAUUUCGCGAUAUCCGUUUUUUAAUUCCUUCAAGCGUUUCCUUUAUUACAUACACAGGAUGUCUAUAGGAGGAGGAGUGCAUGCAGUUCCUAUAGAACGUUACAUAUCACAUUUGAUGUUCGAAGUGUCCUUUCCUACACCGCGCCGUCCUUAUGUUCUGAUGCAGCUGGGGUCUGAGACAAUAAGCUUCGACUCGUACGAUGAAAGCCAGCUGCCACUGAACGGUGCUCAGCUAUGCGACACGCUGAGAGCACUUGGCACUGAUAAUCUUAUUUAUCUGAUGAUGCUCGCACUGCUGGAACAAAAAAUACUGGUACACUCGUUGAGGUCUUGGAUGCUCACUGCUGUUGCUGAGAGCGUAUGUGCUUUGAUGUUUCCCUUCCAUUGGCAGUGUCCAUAUGUUCCCCAGUGUCCUUUGGGACUAGCCGGUGUGCUUCAUGCUCCUUUGCCAUUUAUUGCCGGAGUUGAUUCGAGGUACUUCGAUUUAUACGAAGACCCGCCCCCCGACGUGACAUGUUUCGAUCUGGACACGGCUACUAUAAGUCAGUCGUUGAAUCGGCAAACGUUGAAGCUGUCGAUUCUUCCGAAAAAACCAACGAAGCAACUCAAAGCAACGUUGGAUGAUUUGUUCAGGAGACUGAAUAAAGAGGCUUUUGAUCUUGGAAGCAAAAAAGCGGACUACGUUCCUGUAGAUCGCGAAAUGGUGAUACAGAAGAAACGAAAGGAGUUGGAAAUGGCGAUUCAUGAUGCGUUUUUGAGAUUUAUGGCCAAUUUAAUGCGUGGAUAUCAGUCCUUUUUGAAACCAAUCAAAUGCGCGCCAGCAAGUGUGAGUGCAACCGACACUGGAAAUCUUUUCGAUCUCGACGGCUUUUUGAAGUCUAGAGAUAAAUCUGGAGUAGAAUUUUUCAGAAGGUUUGGCGCAACUCAGUCUUUUAUUCGUUUUAUCGAAGAACGUAGCUUCAUAUCCGACAAGAGCACAUAUAACGCUUUCUUUGAUGAUUGUAUAGCCAAAGUUGAUAUGAGUGAAGGGAAUGAUGUACCUCUUCUUGAGUCCGACUCUUCUGCCCAUUUGAACAAUACUUCCGUAAGUGAAAUUUUUUAUAUACCUUCUCUCCUUUUUGUUGAAUCAGUAGCGACGACUAGCAACAUCAUACCAUUUUUCUUUUUUGUUGAGACUAUGAGACAUACUUUGCAGGUGUUCAUCGCACCCCCGGAGCCAAUUAUUGAUCCCGCUACUGGACUUGAGCGUGAAUUCAGAUAUGAACGGUUCCCUCGUCGUUUGGACCCCGCACUAUUCCAACUUGAUCAACUGAAUUUAAAUCGCACCACAGACCAACACACAGUUCCUGUGCAAUACGAACACAAUCGGUGUGCUGCUGUUCGUACGAAGCCAGAAAUGAAAUCGUCUAUACUUGCUGCGACCAACUCAGUGCGAACGAAUCCUUUGCAUUGGCCAAAAACACUCCUUUUUUAUGCCUAUUCGUUAUGGUUUAUGCAGUUACCUAGCCUCGUCUCCAUCGCCCCAAACAAACGAAAGAUUCUGUUAUUGGCUUUUCAUAUACUGGAUAGAAUGGAACAUACAGAUGUUUUCCCUUUGGAUCAGGUUUGCUACCGUAUCCUGAUUGAGCUCUGCGGCGAAUGUGGAGAACCUUCGCUAGCUGUCAAGGUGCUUCAAGCAAUGCAUCGUGCAGGAGUUGAACAGAAUGCCGUUACGUACGGAAUUUAUCACCGCGCCGUGCUGAAUGCAAAGUGGCCUACUUCCUCACGACAACGCGCCAUAUCUGCAUGGGCUAUGUUACGGCUGCAUCUGCAAGCUAUCACCAAAUUCAAAAUGUGCAUAAGAUCUAACGCUCAUAAUCCGUAUCCUUCUGUAGCAGACACACAAUCAGUGAGUGAUAGUGGAUAUCACAGCGAUAAAGCAGCCGAAGAAAAGCGUCUGGUAAACUUGCUCAUGUUUUAUAAGGAAGCGCUGGAGUUGGAAACGAAGCCCUACGUUAUUUCAUACGAACCCGUUCAGCCUAGUGCAACUUGUGAUGAAAACCCUACUAAAAUCGAUCCCUUGGAUCCUCUUGGAGCUCUUUCGAGUGCAGAAACUCCGAAAACUCCAAGCACACCUAAGCUAUCUUCAAAUUACAUGCCAAUGAGUCCUAGCAGAGCCAAGUUUAUGGCUGAAUUGGAAUCCACUCCUUUCGCCAAUGAGUUUAAUAUCAAAUCGGAGAGUAAGACACCGAACAAAUCCCUCGGUUGGUUGAAAGGAAUUACAAAUAGCCCAAUAGUGAAGAUGAUCCGCAGUCAGACUUUCGUAGUGUUCACGACGAAAAAUUGUCGAGAACACUGCCUUGAACGUUGUAGAGUGUUUCUAGAAAAUCCAAAGCCUCCAGAUCCUGAAGCUCAAGGAAUGUCGGUCAGCCCGAGUCUUCAUGCUAUCGUCAAUCAAGUAUGGAAGGGGUAUGAUGACGUUCGCAUGGACGGCAAAUUAGAAGAAACUAACGUGACAAAAUUUUAUCCUGUGUCCUCUAAGCUGAAGCUGGGAGUCUCCUCAUUGGUACGUGAAGUUAAAAGCCUCAAUCGGUCGUAUCGUGAACGAGGUAGCGGAACCAUUUUCGGCGAUGAUUCGGACGAUGACACAGUGGAUAUAGAUGAGGAAGACAACGCGUAUCAACUCGAUUGCGGCAAAGCGGACUCAAUUCUAAAUGAUGAUUGGUGGCUUAAAGAGGUAUACUUGCAACUUCGUCGAAAUGAAAUGCGCAAAGGGGAGAGGGACGAAGCGAGAGAGGAAGCUUUCCGCUCUGGUAUCGUUGAUGUAACACUUUCGUCAUGUACACCGUGCCCAAACUGCCGAAUGAUGAUAUACGACGAGGAGAUCAUGUCGGGGUGGAAAGUGGAUGACCAAAAUCUUAAUACCGUCUGCCCAUAUUGCUUCCCAGAAGACGAAGGGAAACUUGGAACCGAGCGGAAUGGGAGAUUAGAAAAUUUAAAAACUUGUUGUACGAAGGCGUUUUCACAGAUCUUCGCCCCACGGCUCACAGUCCAUAUCGAGAGGCGAAAUAAACCGACAACCAGUUGGUACCGUCUGAAUACAUUCGAUGCAGAUUUACAGGUUUCGUUAUUCCUUUUAACACAGUCAUAUUCUCGACUUCAUCAAAGUACACCAGCUUCAACACCAGGUGCUGCGGAGGAUAUCUGUGUCUCGUAUGUAAGUCCCCUAGUACUUCGUCGCGAGGUGGAGACGCUUCUGGCUGCCGAUUUGUACGCCUUGAAGGACCCUCAAAUUAUGACAAGUCAUCCAGUUGUCUUCUGGAAUCUGGUGUUUUACCUUCGACGACUUUCGUUGCCAUCGCAUCUCUAUAUGCAAGUUGAUUGCAUUGUGUGGAUAUCACCUCGGGCACAUAUACGAUGUGUCUAUGAUCGUCCUCUUGAUCAUGUUGGUCCCACUCCUCUCUAUCUCGUGAAUCCAAAUCAUAAGUUGCGUAAAGAUGGGAAAGGUGUCAAUGUUCAGUUCGUAUCACAAGAAAAACUGAGUCGCUCGUUACCUGUAUGGAAAACUGUAACUCAGUCAGUACAAGACAACCGGUUAUUUACUGCGAUUCAAACACUCAUUAAUGACAGCCGAAGGGUGACUGAAAACGGACAAAUUGCUCUCGGCCCUCAUUUUCCGGUAUUCAGGGAUAUACAAUUCGCCAGUUUGGAUGUAUUUGGUCGUGCCCUUUUGAGAGACAGUCUGGAUAAGCAGUACAUUGAGGAGUACCACAAACUUCCACCUCGUAUUAUGUGUAUCAUGCCGCACCAAGAUAGACCUCAGAGUCCCGUGGAGCGUGCCUGUCGUAAAGUUUUCCUUCCAUUAGAUCUGUUCUGA